CAACAGUUAGUAAGACACCUCGGUAGCUUGCAAAAUAGCCGAACCAAUAAAGCUCUUUAGACGCUUUCGUGUAUAUUAGCAACUGUGUUCUAAACACACUUCUGUCGUCUAGUUAGUUAUCCCACUUACUUUCAUAUUUGCGUUGUUGCUGUUAUUAGUCAGCUAGCUGGCUGGUUAAGUUAGCAUUAGCCUAGCUAGCUAACACCCCCGACCAUGAGUUCACUAAGCUACUCUCCUCCUGCUAAAGAAGAGGUCUGCUGGACGGAGAAAGAGGGUCUGUGGCUGAACAUUGCCGUAAAAGAGGAGAAGGAAGAGGAGGAUGUCACUAUACAAAAACAAGUAGAGGUUGAUGCUGUUAUUGUGGAAGAAGAAGAGAAAGACAUUACAGUGAAAGAAGAGGAAGACUCGUUCAGAGUGAAAGAGGAGGAGGAUGUUACUAUAAAAGAAGAGAAAGAGGAGGAUGCAGUUUUUCGAAUGAAAGAGGAGGAGGGGGAGAUGAUUGUUACAACGAAAAAGGAGGAGGAAGAAGAGGAGGAAACUGGAUAUCUGGGCCCUGUUUCCCAAACGCAUCUUAAUGCGUCCAAUGGUUCUAAUGAUGAACUUAGCAGUAAGAUGGUUUUGGGAAACCGUUCCCUGAUUAACACUAGAUCAGUGUCUCGAAAUCUGGACAGUUGCUACUCUGACGAAAUUGACCGGGAGAGUGACACAGAUGGAAUGGAUGACGAAUCUGUGAGUGACCACAGUUUUGAUUCCAGCGCAGAAGAAAUGUUUUUGGAAGGAAAAGAUCCACUUUUAGAUCAUGGUAGAGACUCUGACUCUGAUGACCUCUGGGUGCCACUCCAAAGAGACCACAGUCCUCCAUCCCCAACUCAUUCAAACGUAGGAACUGGUUCCUCCAGUAUGACCCCUGCUGCUGCUGUCUCUGGCUCCACACCCACCCCGGCCCGGCCAUCUAGAGGUGUGAUGAGGUCAGCCCAGAAGCGGAGGAGGGCCAGUGAACCAGCGGUAACUACCAGCGAGGCAGAGGACCGCUGGCACACUGUGCUAGAGGAUGACGUGGAGCCACUUCCACCAUCAUUUCAACCUAAAAGGCAGCCAGGACCUCAGCUGGACAUGACUGCAAAGUACAGCCCCCUUCAUCUUUUCCAGAUGUUUUUCUCCUUGUCAGUUCUGGAUUCGCUGGUGUCUAACACCAACAAGUAUGGGGCUAAGAAACAAGCAGGCAAGAAAGAGGCAUGGAAGCCCAUUUCCAUCCAAGACCUAUACUGUUACAUCUCACUGGUCAUUUACAUGGAGCUUGUGAAGUUGAAAAACCUGAAGGACUACUGGAGAUCGUCAACACUCUACCAACUGCCUUUCCCCACCACUGUCAUGUCUUGUAAAAGGUUUCUGGCUAUCUCGCGGGCGCUUCAUAUCAGUGACCCACAAGUUGAUGAGGACAAUGACAAGAAGAGAGGCACAUCAAGCUUUGAUAGGCUCUGCAAAAUCAAACCUCUCUACCCCAGCAUGGUUGAGGCCUGCCAGACCCAUUUUCAGCCCAACCAGAACCUGUCCAUAGAUGAGAGGAUGGUAGCCUCAAAGGCUAGAAUUGGUCUCAAACAAUAUAUGCGUAACAAGCCAACAAAAUGGGCUUACAAACUGUUUGUUUUGGCCGAUUCUGUGUGUGCCUACACUUGGAAUUUUUUUGUUUAUGAGGGUAAAUCCAUCUCAGCCACUGGUAAGGGACUUAGUUAUGAUUCCGUUAUGGAAUUAUUGGAUUUUCCAUUGCUUGGGACGGGCUACAAACUGUUUGUGGACAACUUUUACACAAGCCCUACCCUGUUUACAGACCUGAAGAAGCUGAAUGUAUGGUCUUGUGGCACCAUUUGUCCCAACAGAGUAGGUUUUCCCAAAACAAAAGUAAAUGACAUGCCUAAGAGGGCUGAUAGGGGUACCAUGCGAUGGAUUCGUAAAGAUGACCUGCUCUUUGUAAAGUGGAUGGAUACCAGACAGGUGGUCAUGUGCUCCAGUAUCCACAAAUCGUACAGUGGCGAUCACAUCAGCAGGCGUGUGAAGGACGCUAAUGGGGCAUGGACCAAGAAAAAUGUCCCCAUUCCUGCUGCUGUAAAGGACUACAACAAGAGCAUGGGAGGUGUGGACCUGUCAGACACUCUGAUAGGCUACAACAAUGUUCUCCACAAGACAAGGAAAUGGUACAGGACAUUGUUCUAUCACUUCGUUGACAUUGCUGUGGUGAAUGCAUUCAUCCUUCAUAAGGAAAUGGCUAAGAGCUCUGGACAGACCUCCAUGACACAGCUAGCCUUCAGAGAGCUGCUCAUCCAGGAGCUUGCUGACUAUGGCACAAAGUCCACAGCAGCACCUUCUGUCUGCUCUACAUCUGUCCCCUCUACUCCUGUCACCAGAGGUGUUCACCUGCCAAAACACAUCACUGCAGACCUGAAUGUGCCUCUGGGCAAAAAGAGCACAGCAGGGAGGCGUCGUUGUAUUCUGUGCCACAAGAAAUCUCCCAUCACCUGCACUACUUGUGCUGUUACCCUCUGCUUCACACCAAAAAGAGACUGCUAUGGGACUUGGCAUCAGGAGCACAAUCUGGUGUAGAGGACUGUGGGUGUUCUAAAUCCUCUAAUUGUAAAUUAAACAUGUUUUUCACUUUGUGUGUGGUUUGCCUCACAAGUCCUCAAUUGGCAGUUUCAUUAAAUAGUACCCACAAAACACCAGUCUCAACGUCAACAGUGAAAAGGCGACUCCGGGAUGCUGGCCAUCUAGCCAGAGUUGCAAAGAAAAAGCCAUAUCUCAGACUGGCCAAUAA